GGUGCGCAAUUUAUUUCUGCGUGAAUUUGUUUUCCUUUUCUUGUUAUUUGUAGUUGUUAAUAUUACGUUGCAAGAUAAAACAAAAGUCUAAUUUCGAGUGCACUUCCUGUUUCCGGAAGUGACGUAAUGCAGCAGCGCGAUAGGAAACAGCCACGCGUUACCGCGAAGUUAAAAAGUUCAAGUAAAUUACCCCGUUUGUUCACUUUCAGGCCAAAGUGGUAUGUAUGUUUUGUAAACCCAAGUUUAUCUCCUGACGAUGGCGAGUCAAGGCGGGCCAGAACUCCUCAGCAUUAAAGAAGAGGAUUUGUGGACAGGUCAUGAUGGGGAGCAUGCGGAGUCUGCCAUCAGCAGUUUUCCUUACACUAAUAUGCUUGUGAAGAGUGAGGAUGACAACGAAGCUCAGGCCUCGCAGCUUCAUCACAGCCCGAGUGAAGAGAAGACAAGCAACAGAGGACUGCACGGUGAAGCAGGAGUAUCGCAACCAGAUAGUGUUGCUCCGUCGUCAGAUACGGACGAAGUGACGUCACACUCGUCUGAUUACAUCACGGACCACAGCGACGACGGCAAAGAAUCUCCCAAGGUGAUCCGCAAAGCUAAAAAACACAACAGCUGCUCCGAAUGCGGUAAAGCUUUCCGUAGCCAUGCAAUUUUGACCCGUCACAUGAAAAGACACACGGGGGAGAAACCUUACGCGUGCUCGGCCUGCGGCAAAGCCUUCAGCCGGCGAGACUCCCUGGUCUCGCACAUGCGGUCCCACACCAAAGAGAAAACUUUCACCUGCUCAGUUUGCACAAAAACCUUCCGCCACCGACAAAACUUGUCCACUCACCAGAGAAGUCAUAACGGCAAGAAACGCUUUAGCUGCUCGCAGUGCGGCCGGGCCUUCUCCGCCAAGGCGAACUUGAUGCGGCACACUCUGGUGCACACUGGAGAGAAACGCUUUUUUUGCUCUGUAUGCAAUAAACGUUUCACCACAAAGCGGAACAUGAUGGGACACAUGCGGAGCCACACGAGCGAGAAGCCCUUCUCCUGCUCUGUCUGAAGCAAGACUCUUAUGAACUCUCAGGAAUCAGGAUUAUUCUAACAUUUGAACCAAAAUAAAAAUAUGAACCAA